AUGCGCCUAGCUGCCACUCUCACCUUUCAGCCCUGGAAGCAGGGUAACACCUACGAGCUAGGACAGGAAGAAGCGCUCUUACGGUUCGGCCUAAAGCCUGUCAAGGAAUGGGGGCCUUUGCGCGAAGCCCUAAACACAGCUGUCGACGUGGCCAGCGACCAAGAGACCAGUGCCAAAGAUGGAGGUGCGACGAACUCUUCGACGCUCUCCCGGCUGCACUGA